AUGUUCGUUCCAUUUGCAUUUUUCGUUCUCUGCAUCCAAGCUUGUUUGGUUCAGGAUGUAUACAGUCAAUGUCUCAACAGGGCUGCCCUUGGAGCUCCACUUGGCCAAGGUUUAGUACCAGGAGUAGGACUAGGCUCGUGUGUGUCUGAAGCUUAUGGGUCCCUGGGACUGACCUCACCAGUUGACUUGGUUGAAGAACAAGGAGCGAGUUACGGUGGUAGUGGAGUGGGAGAGGUUUAUGUGAACGGAUUGUUACCUGUGGAAGGAUACUCAUCCAUCAGUGGCCAGGUCCCUGUCCUGGGUGUGGUGAGGUUUGACGGACCAGUAGCGGCCAGGGGCAGUGUCAGCAUAACAGGAGCCUGUGGCUGCGGAUGUCAACAAGUGCUACCGGCUAAUGUUGUAUGUUGA